GGGGGGGGGGAUUGUGGUGCUGGGCCCCUGUGCCCUGCCGACACCAAAGUGCUUUACCUCAAUUAAAGCUGGAAGGAUGUGAGCGGCGCCUGCGGUGCGUGGGGCAGCGCGCCCCGACGGCGGGGGGGGACCGGGAGGGGACGCGCCGGGCCACCCACGUGGCUGCCGCCCUGGCCACGCCCCCGGCGGGAAGACCACGCCCUGGCCACGCCCCCCGCGGCCCGGCCACGCCCCCGGGGUGGAGCCAGCCCCGCUGCGCCCGGCCUUUUCCCUCUGCAAUCAGUCAUUAACCUGGAGGCACCAGUCGGCAGCUGUCACCUGCCCCAGGGCUGCCAUGCCAGUUUCUGACUGCUGAUAACCUUGGGGACUUCACGUGGGGCAGUGGGAGUGCCUGGCUCCCGGUGUGACAGGCACCAUCAGCACUCACCUGGGCUUGUAGGGGCAUAAAAGGCCCCUGGCGUGGUGAGGCUGGCAUGGGUCUAGCCCAGGGCUCGCCUGUCUGCAAGCAGGGCCGGACUCGUCCAGCUCCUCCGUCACGUCCUCGCUCCCUGGCACCAUGGCAGCUGCAUGGUACAGCUGGGCCUUGCUGCUGAUCCUGCCCGCUGUGGCCUGGGCCGGGGGGGCCGGCCCCGUCCUCGCCAACCGGCCCUUCGUCACCAUCUGGAACGCUCCCACCAAGGCCUGCGCCAGCAAGUACAACGUCACCCUCAACCUGGGGGUCUUCGACAUCGUGGCCAACGCUGAGCAGGUCUUCAUUGGCGAUGACGUCUCGCUCUUCUACAGUCAGGCCCUGGGCCUCUAUCCCUACUACACGGCUGCGGGGGUGCCCGUGGACGGCGGGCUGCCCCAGAACGCCAGCCUCCAGGCCCACCUCCAUCAGGCCUCCGGGGACAUCGAGGCCGCCCUGCCCAACGUCUCCUACAACGGCCUGGCUGUCAUCGACUGGGAGAAGUGGCGCCCGCUGUGGGCCCGUGACUGGGAUGCCAUGAACAUCUACCGGGAGAAGUCAGAGGCCAUGGUGCGGAAGGAGCACCCACUCUGGCCCUCUGCCCUGGUCAAUGAGGUGGCAAAGUUCGAGUACGAGCAAAGUGCCCGGGCCUUCAUGGAGCAGACGCUGAAGCUGGGUGAAAUCCUUCGGCCCAAUGGCUACUGGGGCUUUUACGGCUUUCCUGACUGCUAUAACAACAACUUUGACAGCUGGGACUACUCGGGGGAGUGCCCCCUGAUCGAGCAAGUGAGGAACAAGGAGCUGUUCUGGCUGUGGGAGAACAGCCGCGCGCUCUACCCCAGCAUCUACCUGCCCAAGGAACUCAAUGGCACAAACAAGGUGCUGAGCUAUGUCCGGAACCGGGUGGCCGAGGCCUUCGCCGUCCAGUAUGAUGUCGUCGAUGUCAGCAUCCCUGUCCUGCCCUAUGCCCAAAUCUCCUUUGAAAACACUGUUGACUUCCUUUCCGAGGAGGACCUGGUGAACACCAUCGGAGAGAGCGCAGCCCAGGGCGCUGCCGGCGUUGUGCUGUGGGGAAGCCUCAACUACAGCAGCUCCCAGGAGAUGUGCUUGAAGCUGAAGAACUACCUGGAUGGGGACCUGGGUCGCUACAUCGUGAACGUGACAGCCAGCGCCGAGCUGUGCAGCCAGACCCUGUGCUCCGGCCAGGGCCGCUGUGUGCGCAAGAACGCUCAGCAAGGCUUCCUGCACCUCGACCCCUUCCAGUUCUUCAUCGAGAGGCACCCCAGCAAGCCCCAGUUCGUGGUGCGCAGCCUGGCCUCCGACAGCGACAGCUCCCAGCUAGCCGAGGAGUUCAGCUGCCAGUGCUACGACAGCUGGCAGGGAACGCGCUGCGACACCAAAAGCUCCUCCAAGUGAGGCCCGCUGCGCGCUCCCCUGCAUCCCCCACGCCCGCUCCCCGGACCCACGCUACUGCCAGAUCCCUGGAUCUCCAGCCCACCCCAGGCGGGUACGGGAACACCGCCUCCACGCACCGGCACCCUCUCUGCAGGGACGUGAGCCUUGGAAGUCCAGUCACAGGGCUGCUAAUAAAACUGCUCUGCAUCCA